AUGCAAGAUAAAGAUCUUGAUUAUGAACCACCUUAUGAUCCUUCCAUUGAUGAAGAAAAGUUGAAAGAACAAAUAGCAGCUUUGAACAGUUUUCUUGCUGCUUGUAGCAGUAAAAGAAAAGUCCAUGUGACAACGUCUUAUAAGGAUUUGUCACAUCGUGUCAAGUUGAGAUAUAUUGGUAUAGCCAAAUUUAUAUUCAAAUCAGUUACAUCUGUGCUAGCACAGAAUGAUGCUGAUAUCUACAUGCAGGACACAAUCGAUGAUCUGAAUAAUGAAGAGUCCAAUAUUGUUUUAGACGGAAAUUUUCGUCAAAUAAUGAGUGGCGUUUCAGAAGCAUAUCAUAAUUCUGAAUCUUGGCAAUCAAGACGAGAGAUUCUCUCAAUUGUUGCACCGAAAAUAACGUUAAAACUCAUUCAGUUAUUCAUACCAGGUUUAACUAGUGGCAGAUUUACUGCAGCACGUUUGCAUGCUAAAAAAUAUAGUCUCGGUUCCAGAGUUGAAGAAACAACAAAAGUUGUCCAACGGUUUGAUGAUCAUCAAGUCGCUCACUUUCUUGAUUUUAUUAUUUCACCUCAUGUGUGCACAGAUAUGCCCUUUGGUGAAAAAGUGUUGAAGUUAUCGUCUGGAAUUGAACUUUUCAUUCCAAACACGAUAAGAAAUAUGGGACCGACUCGUAUUAUCGAUCAGUAUCUUCUUUAUUGUGAAGAGAUGUGUUCAGAUUUUGAACCACUUGGCAAAAGUAGUCUGUUUACUAUUCUCGAUGCUUGUAAAGCGUCAACAAGAAAGUCUUUACAAGGUAUAAAUUACUUUGCAGCUGAAGCUGGAGAGGCAUUUGACGGCAUACGAAAAAUGAUUGAAGAUAAAGUCGCACUACAUAAUGAUAGUGCUCGACUUAUUGAGAAUUUGAAACGUGCUCGAUUUUAUUUAAAAUCUGAUUAUAAAGUGCACGUAGCGAGAUCGAGCAAUAUUGCUGAUCAUUGUUGCGUUUAUGCGUUGAGCGAUCCAGAAAAACGUGAUUUUGCUCAAGAUUGUGAUCAUGAGCACAAUGAAUCCUGUGCUGAAUGCUCAAAUCUAACGAGAACUCUAAAUGAAAUUGAACGACUUCUAGAAGAAACAGAAGAGGACGAAGAACUAUUACAUCGAACUUUAAAAAAGUUUCGGUCAUAUCGUGAAGCUAUUGAAGCAUGGAAGGCUCAUUUAUUAAGAUCCAUUAAUCAAGAUUUAUGUCGAGAAAAUUUACUCGAUAAACUAUCUAACGAUGAGAUUUAUCUCAAUCUUGAUUGGGCCAUGAAGUUUCUUCCUAUUAAAAGUCGAGAGCCACAAUCAGAAUUUUUUGGUAAACGAGGCAUCAGUUGGCAUAUUACUGUUGUAAUGAAAAAUGAUGCAAGUGCUGAAGACGAGAAUAGCAUAUUCGAUGAAGACACUGAUGUCUUAGACGAUAGUCAGCAAAUCAGUGAGCACGAAAUGACUGAUCUGUCUGGAGAAAACAACGAUGACAAUGGUGUCAUUGAUAAGAAAAAGAAACAUUCUUUUAAAUAUAAAGUUUUUGUACAUGUUUUUGAUCAGUGUACACAGGAUAGUGACACAAUCGUUGCUAUCUUGAAUGACGUUUUAUGCCGCGUCAAAGAAACUGAUCCACAGAUAAAAAAUGCAUUUAUCCGAUCAGAUAACGCAGGUUGUUAUCAUUCGGCAAACACACUUGUGUCAGCCAAGCAUAUAUCUGAAAAGACUGGUAUAGCAAUCAAGCGAAUUGAUUUUGGUGAUCCACAGGCCAAUAAAGGUUCUAGUGAUCGUUUUGCUGCCGUACUUAAGUCACAUAAUCGUAGAUAUACGAAUGAAAAUCACAAUGUGACAACUGCUUCUGAGUUUGUCGAAGCAUGUCACUCAUACAAAGGGGUCAAAGGUGCUUUUGCACUUGACUGCCGAAUUGAAAAUAAUGAAUUUUAA